AAAUAAAUAGACAAUAAAAUCCGAUUAAUUUAAUUCCUAAUAAACCAAAAGGCCUGAAAAUAGUCACGUGUUCCCCGUACCAAUAUGGCGGCAGUGCUUCUACAGCGGACACACGGCAGUGGCUGGAGAAUAAAUCGAGUGCACCUAUACGGUUUUUAGGUCACGUGUUGCAGUUUUUUCCGCGGGAUUGAUGGCUGGAGCUGUGCGGAGCUGAAGCUUCCUACAUGAAGAAGAUAAUCACGGCUCAUUGGAAGACUGCUGUGCUUACCAACAUUAAUUGCGGCUGGACGCAACUACCGCUUUACAGAAACAAACCAUCCAAACCUUUUGUGGAUCUUUACAGAGUCAAAGAGAUGCCACCAAAGAAAAAGGCCAGAGUCAGUAAAAGGAAUACAGGUUCAGGCAAAGAUGAUGACAGGGAGCCAGUGUCCCCAGCUUUGAAGAAGAGGAAAGCUGCAACUUCUGGUGGAAAAACUGACGAGAGCUCGGCGUCUUCUGGUUCUCCACAGUACAGUCGCUGGCUGAUGAAGUCUGAGCCCGAGAGCCGCUUUGAGAAUGGCAUCGACGUAAAGUUUGGCAUCGAGGACCUGAAGGCUCUGCCUGAUCAGACCAGCUGCUGGGAUGGCGUUCGUAAUUAUCAGGCACGCAAUUUCAUGAGGCAGAUGAAAGAGGGGCAGCUGGCUUUCUUUUACCACAGCAACUGCAAGGAGCCGGGGAUAGCAGGACUCAUGAAAGUUGUGAAGGAAGCUUAUGUGGACCACACUCAGUUUGACAGGAAAGAUGUGCAUUAUGAUGCAACCAGCAAACCAGACGACCCCAAGUGGAGCAUGGUAGACGUCCAGUAUCAAAGGAUGAUGAAGCGUUUUCUUCCUCUGUCGGAGCUUAAAAAGCACCACCUGCAGCAUCGCGCUAAGGGGGGGCCCCUCAAGGACAUGGCGCUUUUUACAAGGGCUAGGCUCUCUGUGCAGCCUCUCAACACCGAGGAGUUUGACUUCAUCUUGAGUCUGGAGGACAAAGAGCCACUGUAAGGAUUGACUUCACAGCGCAGCAAAAUCAUCACAAGUACCAUUGCUUCACUGUAACUGUUAACGUUUAUUAAAGAUAUUAAAUAUUUUUAUUAGACAUCAUAGUCCAGAUUCAAUCUGUGAAAACACAAACAUGUGGUUAUGGCUUGAGUUUCUUGGAACUGGAUGGAAAGCAGUGCCUCUUUAUAAAGUAUAAACAGAAGCAGCAUUAAUUAUGGCUGACCUUUGCUCUCAGAGUAGCGUCAAGCAUCAUUUUAUUGACGUUAUUUAAUUCAUAAUUUAUAAACGGCAGCAUAUUUUACGACUCCUGAUACCCUUUCAACGCUCGUUUUAUCACAUGGGAAUAACUUGACAUUGUGUGCUCAACUGCUGCCCGGUGAUGACAGAGUGAGUGGGAAAAUAAAACCCGCAAACAGCCUAUGUGGCAUGGCCUUCCAGGUAUUUGCUUAAUUGCAAAAAAAAAAAAACAACAACAACAACAUGCAAAGGGCUCUUGGUAAAUUUUCCUUUUUGUAGACUGUGGGGGACCCACAUUAAAUGAAUUUAAUGUGCUGAAUGCUGAAAAGUACCUUAUAUAACCUCUGAUGAGAUGCUGGUUUGGAAGUAUUAAUGCUGUUGCUGCAGCCCGAUGCCACAACAACAACUCCCGUAUUAUAUGUCAGAGUCAGUCAGAUGGUGUAGCACCAUUUAUCUCCUAACUGACAUCACUGUUAUUUAAAUAGUUUUUAUUAACUAUUUCCAAUUGAUUUACUUGAAUAAUUGUGUAUGCUGAUGCAAAAUAGCUACUUCGAACAGCAGUGGCUGAAAAAGCCCAGCCUGCUUUGGAACCCGAGCCCUGGGGCACACUGUGUGUUUCCACUCAUGAAGUGUGGCCCAGGGCUCAGGUCACAAAGCUCCAGAGCGCUAAUGACUGAAUCAGUGUGUUGAUAUCUUCUGUGGUCUUUUCCACAGUCAUAGUUUUAUGAAACAUUGUCUCCUUCGCUCUGGUUGUCACAUUAGGAUAACAUCACCUUUAAGUUUUAAGCCUCGUCUUUAGUUGAGACCUUUCUCUUUACGUGUUUAAAUUACACCUCAAAGCACAUGCAUGCAUGUCCUCUUUCACCUGAUGUUACUGUUGUUAAGAUAAAACUUGUUAAGAUAAAACGGAUCUCCUAAGAACCCACCAGAACGUAGAAACCUGUUAUAAAACAGAUAAAACCGAUAUACAGACAAAGUCUUUUGUGGAAAUGUCCUUAUAAUGAAUAUGUGGUCCAGCAGAAGUUGCUGUGGCUUGCUUGCACCGUUGCCUCAGAAGGUCCUGAGUUCGCCUCCAACAUCUAGCCAGGGCUUCUGUGCGUGGUUUGUAUGUUCUCCCCAUGUUUGCAUAAGGUCUCUGGUUUAACCUAACCCUACCCUGCCCCACCCCAUGUUUUAAAGACAUGCAGUUGGUAGGGUUAGAUUAAUUUGUUGUUCUAAAUUGCCCUGCAUCAGACUGGUGACCUGUCCGGGGUAUACCCUGACUCUUGCCCUAUGAUAGUUGGGAUAGAUCCAGCCCUGAUGAGAAAAAGUGGAAGAGAAUGGAUGGAAGGACAUUUUCCUAUGAGAAAUUCAAAAUAAAAAUCUACUAAUUUUGCAACUCAUGAGAACUUAAAAAUCAAACUGUACAGUCAUGAUGUGUAUGUGAAAAACUGAAGUAUAUCAUAUCAUUCAGUAGCUUGUAAAACCACCUUCAGCACCAAUAAACUGAUUAUUGUCUGUA